CCAUCAUCAUCUUGUUGCCGUAGUUCAGCACUGCUUGCUUCCAAGGGAGAGCGGCGGUCCUUCUGAAUUUGCUCGGUCGGCGAACAGAUGGCGGCGACGGGCAAAGCGCAACCCGUGGCAGUGCAGGGCGGCUCAAGCAAGGAAUCGGCCGGCAGCGCCACUGCGUCCCCUGGCGCAGCGAGGCCUGCUGCUCCAGGCGCUGCGUCAGGCGCUGCACCACGGCACGGGCACCACGGGCACGGCGCCGAAGAGGACGGCUCCGAUGACGACGACGCCGCGGACAAGCAGAAGCGCGAGAGCGCCGACCAAGCGGUUCUACCAACUUUGCUGCGCAUCAUCCGCAAGAAGCUCGGAAAGCGCUUCAAGGAGACCCGAGACUUGGUCAUGUUCGUCGUGGUCGUCCUCUUCGCUGUCGUCUACCUACUCAUCUCGUCCAAGCUGAUCCUGGACCACCUAGAGCUGCCCGGUACCUGCCGAUACUCAAGCAGUGCGCCUAAGCGCGCAGAACCUGCCGGGCUCAAUACUGCAUUCAGUGCAUCGACUUCACCUUAUAGCGCUCCUGCUUCUUCGCCGGGCCGCCAUUCAUCCGUAUUUCACGCUAAUUAUAACGAAAAGGGGUCGAUGCCAAACGCGUCUUCAACAGAAUCCUCUGUGCUCGUCAUCACAUACCCGCCACAGUGCAUUGACCCCAACGGUGCUAUUGUUUGUCUUCCGGAAGCUCAGUAUAUCGACCAACACCUGACGAAAGAGGCACUUUGCACGAACCCGUACGGCUCCAUCUGCAACCAGAACUACUUCCACAGCGGUGAAAACCGGGGCAUAGGCCUCUGGCCAUACCGCUACGCGAACCUGCAGUACAUCUACGAAGUCAUCAAACGAGUCAUAAAAGAGGAAUUCAACAACUUUGAAGCACGGGUGGACCCGGUGAACGAAACAGCCGUCUACAAGACAUUGUACUUCCUCAAGAACUGCUCAACUCGUGAAGAUCGAAGAAAGGUGAACGUGGGUCACCUGAAGCGAGUGCUGGCCAAGGUGGGCCUUCCGAGCAGCCCGUAUUCCACCGCAAAUUAUGAAACGUACGAGGAUGUCGCGAGAAUUCUGGGAAACGUAAUGAGAAACUUGGACUUGAAGAUUUUCUUUGCCGUCGACUUCGUGGCGGACUCAAAUUCAAAGGCCGAUGCGCCCUUUGGAAAGAAAGUAGUGGUUCGCAAGGUUCCUUACGAAGCUGCCGUGAAGGAGCGUCGGCGUGACAACCUUGCCACAGAAAAGUGCGAGUACACGUAUUGCUUACUGAAGACGCCCCAGCUGCUGCCACCUCACGAGCGCCUCUACAACUAUGUCACCGUUGAAUUCUACAACUUUGUCUUCAAGAUUUUGAGGGAAAACACGAAGUGGACCGAGGAGGAGCUGAAGAAGAGCCCAACGCUUGCGGAGCUGCAAGACGCCACGGCAACCAAAGACGCAAGUGGCACCGUCACUCAUGCGGGUUUCAACUGGGUGCUCUUUUUUAAUACCUUGCUCCGGCACCCUUCCUUCAAAUUCACAGAAUCAACUACAGUGUUUGUCGAGGACUAUGACAUCAUAGUAAAUGUCAUGAAACUUGUUCAAAACUUCAGCCGGAAUAUCGUGCUCAAUUACAUCACCACGGAGGUGUGGUCAUUGAUUGCGCCGCUACUGCCGCUCAAGUACCUGCAUAAUUUGGUCUACCUACCAGGCACGGAUUUCGAAUCCUUGAGUCACAUUAGGAUUCGUCCCAACUGCUUCAAGCUGGCCGAAAUGUUCUGUCCGGAGGGCAUGGCCGCUGUCAUCAAACAGAAGAUACUGCGAUUUCCAACGAAGGAGGGUGCAGCCAAAUGGGAAGAGGAAAUCACAGCAAUAUACCAAAACUACUUCAGCCAUUUUUUUGGUGGUUUCGGCACUUUCGUAAUCCCAGCCGAUGUCAACAACGUGCAGAAGAAAAACGAUUAUUUCGCUGCUCAGAAAUCCAUCCUGAAGAAACAGAAAAUCCGUGUUGCUAUAAUGGAACAGUUCGACAAAGAUGUCGAACAGCUGAAAUGCGACGCGCCAAUAAGAAACACUUCCGGACAGUCUUUUGACGAUGUAACGUUGUACUACUUCGUCGAUGCUGUCAGAACGCGGAAGAAGCAAGAAUGGACAGCACGCUUCACUCAACGGUCCUCUGACUUCGACAAACCGCUGGCAAGCAACUUUGCCUACGCAAUGCAUUUCAUGAAGAAUUAUCUGUUUGUCCCACUGGUUUACGUGGCCGGAAUACUCCAGCGCCCCGACUUCAAAGAAACUUACAUAAUUAUGUCUCUUGUGGAUGCAUUUAAAGCAAUUUUUCGACAUUUGUUCGAACAACGUGCAAAUGACACGGCAAGAAUUCGUCGUGGAGUGCCGAUUAUCAGCUACAUAAGGCAGAAUGCUACAGCUAUUGAAGAUGAACUACGCAACUCCUUGAAUGUGACCGAUCCGAAAGUGACCAAGGAACACAGCUGGGUCUGGGCAGAAAUGCUGGCGAGCAGGUGGUUCUUCCAUAUUCUUGACACGGAACUCGGAGCCCUGAGAAACGAGGAAAUUCAUCGCGGCCUUCCUCCACAGUACAAACACUGGAUGAGGUAUAUCCUGUUCGCUGAGGCUGCGUGCCGCCAAUACCAAGAAGAGCCUUUCUGGUGGAAUACUAUCUUCGUUUAUGGAAUACCACCGAAUGCAGAAGUCAACCUUGCCCUGUUGGACCACAAACCAUUUCGUACAAGUUUUCAUUGCGAGAGCAAAUGAUGGCGGUAUUCCUGCAUCUCCUCGCAGGCAUGCUACAAAACACUGCAGCAGCGGACCUCCGCACAAUUGCGUCGAAAAUGGCUGAUUCAAGGCGUAAUUAUAUAUCUGAAGCAAUU